AUGAAACGGUCACUAUACGACCAGCCGGUGCUUUCCUUAGCAAUGGUGAUUAGUGCCAAAUUGCAUUUCAAAACCGUCCUCAGUUUGCCACUCCGGACAACCGGCAACGCCGGCGUUAUUGAUAAGUAUAUCGACUUUUGUCUCCAAACCCGACAACUGAGGACGGUAGUUGUGGUGACCGGCGGUAACACUGGUAUCGGUAAAGAGACUGCCCAUCAGCUCGCCAUUAGAGAUGCAAAGGUAUAUAUCUUGUGUCGGGACACUAAGAAAGGCGAGACAGCCGUCAAUGAUAUCCUAUCAGUGACUCCGAAAGCAAACAUAAAACUACUUUCGCUGGACUUGUCUUCACUCAAAUCUGUCCGCAAAUGUGUGGAAGAGUUGUCGGGUUUGGAGACAAAAGUCGAUAUACUUAUCAAUAACGCAGGAGUUAUGGGUUGUCCUGAAUGGCAGACUAAAGACGGGUUUGAAAUGCAGUUCGGCACUAAUCAUCUAGGUCAUUUCUUAUUUACACUGCAUUUAAUACCAUUGCUAAAGAAAGCACCGGCAGCUCGUAUAGUAAAUGUAUCGGCUGAAAUACACAAGUUUGGGCGAAUCAACCUUGAUAACAUAAACAUACGAAACGGGGCAUACGAUAACUUUUAUGCGUACGGACAGAGCAAACUGGCAAACAUACUGUUCAGCCGUGAAUUGGCCAAAAGGCUCCGACACUCAAACAUCAACACCUAUUCACUGCAUCCGGGAGUCAUAAACACUAACCUGAGCCGACACGUGGACAACCCUGAGCUCCACGAGGGUAAGGGUCAGACAGACAGGGGUUGGUUUAGGCGUAACUUUUUAAUGACACCAUUAAUGGGAUCUCAGACUACACUCUACUGCGCUCUCGACGAUGAACUGGCAAAUGAGUCGGGAUAUUAUUAUAACAAUUGUCUUCGCGACGAUUAUAUGAUACCCGAGGCAUAUGAUGACAAGACUGCCAAAAUGUUACGCGAAUAUGUGUCAAACUUUAUGGAUUGGCGCCGACGGGUGACCAGUGCUAAGAAACUUAAUGGACAGGUAGUUGUGGUGACCGGCGGUAACACUGGUAUCGGUAAAGAGACAGCCUAUCAGCUCACAUUACGAGAAGCUAAGGUAUACAUCGGGUGUCGGGACCAAAAGAAAGGUGAGGCGGCCGUCAAAGACAUCCUAUCAUUGAAUCCAAAGGCAAACAUAAAACUACUUUCGCUGGACUUGUCUUCACUCAAAUCUGUCCGCAAAUGUGUGAAAGAGUUGUCGGGUUUGGAGACAAAAGUCGAUAUACUUAUC